UGGAGCCACAGGGGCUGGCGUUGCCACCCGCCUCCCUUCUGCAGCCGCUGCCUUCCUUCCAUCUUGGCUCGGGCUCCUCCACGAUGAUGCCAAGGCACAGCAGGGGGAAACGAGCUCCACCAACAGCCUCCAGCAGAAGAGUCGCAACCUUCCAUCUGCAGGAACCUCAUUUUCCCAGUGAAGACGAAGGCGGUGCCCCGCAGGAGCCUGCAAUGGAGACUCCAGUGGUCUGUUUACAGCCGGUGCUGAAGGAAGAAGAAAACUGCCAGUCAACGGUGCACGACUUGUUCUCUUACCUGAAGGAAAAGGAGGAGGAAGAAGAGGAGGAGGAAGAGGAGGAAGCCACAAACCUGGGAGCUUUCUCGACAGCACCUUCGACUUCUGCCCAGUUGGACGUGAAACUCUCCUGCCACACAGAGGUUCAUGAGACACUUUCCUAUUUAAAGAAGGAGGAAGACGAAGAGGAGGGUGCCGAGGUAACCUCAUCGUCCCCCCCGCCACGUAACCUUCCGCCCCCUGCCACCUUUCCGGUCCUUCCUUCCUAUGCAUCUCCCACUGUCCUAGGAAGAAAGUUUCAUCACCAUGGAGGAAUAGAGAUGCUGCAUUUCUUCACACCCCUAACGCAAAUCUCGGCUGCUCCACCUCACUCCAAGCGCGGGCGUGAGCGUGAUGUGCCGACCACAGGGAUGGAUGCCACGCCGCCUCCCGUGCCCAAGAAGACCACGUCGGCGGUGUGGGACUACUUCACUGUGGAUCCCAGAGAGCCCUGUGUGGCCGUCUGUAGCACUUGCCAGAAACGGGUGAGGAGGGGGAAGGAUGGCGGCACGCGGCCGGGCACCACAGCCCUCCACAAACACUUGAAGGUCCACCACGGCCUUCACUUGCCAGGAGUGGCGGUGGUUCCUCCUUCCCCUCUACUGCCCAUCAAGGAGAGGCCGCACAGCAGUGCCAUGGUGGUCACCGAACCCACGCCCACCUUUCCGCUUGCUCGUCCAGAGAGGAACCAGCCUUAUUACCCUCCCACUCACCCAACAGCCAUCCAGUUGGCCCAAGAGACUGCUUGGAUGUUAGCUGUGGACAUGCAGCCACUCUCCUAUGUGGAAAGCGAGGGGUUUCACCGGCUGAUGGCCACCGCCCAGCCUCGCUGGAAGGUGCCUGGCCGUGCAUUCUUUGCAACAAAGGCCAUGCCAGAGUUGUCCAAUGUCUUGUCCAGAGCUGUACGCCAAGCAGUGGCGUGCAGCGUAGGCCGCACCAUCCAUAUCGCCAUAGACCUGUGGUCUAGCAACCAAACGGUGUCCUAUAUGUCUGUGACAGGGUGCUGGGUGGCUGAUUUAGGAGGCACGCUCUCCCGGCAGCACGCCACCCUCUCUGUGCGCGCCUUCGAAGGGACCUGUUCGGCCGAAGACAUCUGCCAGAAACUGAGGGAAGUCUUGCAGGAUUGGCUGUAUGACCUGAAGACUGGUGGGGUGAUCUCAGACGACAGCUCCAGUGUAGCUAAAGCCGUGCGGGACCUGCGUCUCAGACACGUCCCUUGCCUGGCUCACUGCCUGAAGAUGGUAGUGAAGGCAUUUUUGGCCGCCGACACCCAGGUCGCCCGGCUGUUGAAAAAGGCAAGGAGGAUUUGCAGCCGCUACAACCGCUCAGCAGCUGCUCGACGCCAUCUCCUGGAAGUGCAAGCCAACCUGGGCGUACACCAGCCAGUGUGGCCGGAGACCCCACCGAGAUCAAACUCCACCUUAAAAAUGCUAGAAUGCCUCUUCAGGCAACGCCAAGCCAUCGGUGCCAUGUUGGACCAAGACGAGGAAGCCUCCUGUUUACACCUGACGCCUGCAGACUGGAAGCUGGUGAAGUGCCUGAUGGAAAUCCUCAAACCGUUUGAAGAUGCUGCCGCACUGGUCACCCGAACUGAUGCUACUCUGUGCCAGGCGCUGCCUCUUCUGUGGUUCCUGGAGGAACAGCUCCGGGCACUGAGGACUAGAUACUGCCAGGAGAACAACACAGGAGCACACCUGACCACACAGGCCUUGGAUCUCCUAGUAGGUGACAGCCAGCUUCACGGAAUGAAGAACAGCAUGAUUUGUCGUGUUGCUGCCUUCCUGGAUCCUCGCUUCAGGGACAUCACCACCAUGAAGCUGGGCGGCGCCGAUACGGCCGAUGCCACCCUGUUAAGGGAACACAUCAUCAACUUGGCCAAGAGGUCCUACGUGCCCCCUGGACCGGAUGCGGAGUUCUCACAGGCUGGCCGUUCAUCUCCACAGCAUCCCAGCGCUUCCAGCAACCCGCCCGGCUCGGCAGCAUGGCAGUUCACUAUGAAGCGGUGGAGGGCAAUUACUAAAAGCGACCCUGCAAUGGGGCUGUCGACGGAAAGGGGAGCCGCUGCCGCCCUUCGGGAAGUAGAGGAGUAUCUUCAGGACAACGUGGACCACGUUGGAGAAAACGCAGACCCUAUGCUGUAUUGGCAAGCAAAGAUGGGGAUAUGGCCGACGCUCUUCAAGGUUGCGGUGUUUCAUUUUGGAUGCCCGCCAACUUCAGCGUUCUCCGAGGACCUCUCCAAGAUUAGCGGCUCAUCUUCACCUGUCAGCUACCACCAAAACCUGUCCCCCGCCAACGUGAAGAUGUUUACAUUCAUACGGAAGAACCGCCAUCUCCUCCCACAAGAUUGGAGGCUCUCGACCGGAGACCUCUCCUCGUUGCAAAGUGCUGCGGGGUCCAGGGAAGAGAUGGAUAUGGAAGAGGAAGAAGACCUUCUGAUAAUGGAUGAGGAAGGGCAAGAAGAGGAGGUGGAGUGAGACACUCGGCCGCCUGGCCUGUGAACUUUUGUUUCCUCCCAUAGUUGGUUUGAAAACACGUAAUUUUUAUUUUGCUUUUGAAGUCUUGUGGUUUUGUCUGGUGCGUCUAAUAUUAAAAAAUCAUUGCCGUUCCACAAAUGAAGGACUUUUUGACUUCUGCAGGCAGGGCUAGCAAUCCUUCCCUGCUGUUAGUUUUAAAAAAAGUGUGUUAUAACAGGCUUGCAGAACUUGUGAUUCACUAAGCUGAAUGCAGCCAAGUGGACCGGUACCCCCCAGAGAGCUACAGACCGCCCACUGCCUGCCCAUGGCUGCAUAAACAGGAAGGUGAUGUAGCAUUUGGUAGGUGGAAAGUUGCCCGCAGUGGGCCACAAGUUGAGGAGAACCAGGGUGUGACUGCAGCUCUAUGGACACGGCCAAGGAGAUUCAUGCUCUGACUAGAUGUGCAUAACCCCUUUUUAAAGAGUGUACCCCCCAUUAUCUGAAAGGCAGGUGGAUCUCUUUUUUUCAAAAAUGAGCAAGAUUCGAGUCAAGUGGCACUUUAAAGAUCAAAGUCAAGGGAGCUUUGAUUCUUGAAAGGUUAUACCCUGGAAAUCUGGUUAGUCUUUAAGGUGCUAGUAGUCUUUAGGGUAUUACUUGCUCUUCUACUGCAGGCCAGCACAGUUACGCAUCUGAACCCCUCUUUUUAAAAAAGUUAUGAACAAAACUUUCUUUUAUUACUAUAUACCUAUAACUUGCAUGCAAAUUUAAGACUACCCUUCUUUUCUUUGAUGAUACACCUGGACAAAACACCGAGUUCUCUUUUCAGGUAAACAGGAUAAUAAUUCACAGUGUGUUGAUUGUCUCUGGAAACCACACUGAAAAUGACGUAAAGAAAACUGAGGUUGCCAUUCUCAGGGCUACAUCUCAGUUUUCAUUGGGUAUCUUGCAACAUUGUGGCCUAGAGCCGCUCAGCUUUUCUUCUGGAAAAAAGGAGAUCCACCUCCGAUGACCAUGCCAAAAAGUUAUGCUGGAGAUCAUGGGACCUGUAUGUUCAAAGUCCAUUGGGACAGGGCUAUAGUAAGAAGGGGAAUUUGGCAAAGCGCUGUGGGAAAGCUGGCUGGAUGCAGCCCUGUGUUUCCUGUGAAUUUUCACUUGCUGCUCUAAGACAGAGAUGGAACAAACGAGGCACAAAAUGCACAACCUACAAAAAUAAA